AUGGGCAAACCCAGUGAAACCGAGGCUAAAGUGGCCAAACUGAAGGGCGAAGAGUACAUUGAGGAAGUAGCACUUGCUCGCCUAACUGAAGAGGACCUAUGGAAGCUAUCUCAGGAUUCACUAAGCGUCUGGUCGUGGACAGGGGUGCGACUAGGCUUGAUUAUGUUUGUCCAUGGCUGUAAUCAAGCAGGUUUUGGAGUUGAUUGGGGGGUUAUCGGAGGUAUCAAUUCACUCGACGCAUGGCACAACUAUCUUGGGUUCGGUACCAGUGGUAGUACCUACGGUCUCAUCAACGCCCUCAUGAGUAUCGGAACAGUCUGUGGCGCCCCCUUUAUGGGACUUGCAGACGUUAUUGGUCGACGAGGAAUCAAUUUCGCGGGAAAUGCAAUCGUCAUAUUUGCUGCCGUAAUUCAGGGUUGCGCUACCAACCUACCCAUGUUUAUGGCUGGGCGUUUCUUUAUGGGAUUCGGAACAGCGCUCAUGUCCAGCUCUCAGUACAUUGGUGAAAUUUCGCCUAUCCAUCUUCGAGGGCGUAUGGUGGGUUUUUUCGGUGCUUGCUUCCAAGUCGGCAGUCUGGCUAUGCUUGGAGCAAUGGUCGGACUUUCAAAUCUACCAGGAAACAAAUCAUGGCGUAUCCCCUUGAUCCUCGAGGCCAUCUUCCCCGCUAUUGUUUGCUUGACAAUCUAUGUCUUGACCCCGGAAUCGCCUCGCUAUUAUGUCAUGAGAGGUAACCGACAAAAGGCCAAAGAGGUUAUCGCAAAAUACCACACAACUAGCACGAGUAUCAAUGAGCCAAUUGUUGACAUUGUAGUGACUCAGAUAGAGGAGUCACUGGAGAACGAUCGAAACAGCUACAGGUCAUUUUGGGACUAUCGGGUGUUUUUCACAAAGAUCGCCCGAUAUAGAUUGCUGGUCUUGGUGCUGUAUUCGGUUUUCCAGCAAUGGAAUGGAGGAAGCAUUAUAACGUACUACAUGGUCCCUGCCCUGGAGACAGUUGGUAUCGAUGGCACAAAACAGCAAUUGGGGAUCAGCAUUGGAACCACUGCAGUUUAUUUCGUCUUCACAGCCGUCGGAUCACUUCUUGUUGACAAGUUCCGCCGCAGAACCUUGAUCUUCUCGGGACUGAUCAGCAUGGUUAUUUUCCAGACCGCAACGACUAUCACCUCCUGGCAGUACAGCCUCAAUGCCACCCAUGCGGCUGCGGCGCUCACACUUCUCUGGAUCUUUCUUUACCAGACUUUCUCAGCAACGCUUAUUGCUACGAUGCAUAAUCUCUAUCCCGUGGAAAUUUUGUCUUUGCCACUCCGUGCCAAAGGAAUGGGCCUGUAUAGCCUAAUACAAGGUGGAGCCAGUGCAGCACAGACAUAUGGCAUAAGUGUCGGCAUCCAGAAAAUUGGAUAUAAGGUCUGGGUUGUUUAUAUUGUCUACAACACUAUUCAACUUGUUCUGUCAUACUUUGUCUUCCCGGAAACUGGCGGGUUAAGUUUGGAAGAAAUUGAUGCUGUGUUUGAGACACCGGGUGUUCACCCGGUCAAGAUGUCCCUAGGUAUUCAGAAGGCGAAGAAAGAACGAGCUGCGGCAGCGCGUGAUGAGGAGACAAGGUCUGGGCUUUGA